AUGAAUAACAACUCAGCCUCAACAUGUAUUCGGCCAUCGGCGAUCUCUUCCGUGGCUCUCCCAAUCCUUUACAUCUUCCUCUGUGUCAUCGGUCUCUUCGGAAAUUCUCUCUCUCAAUGGGUAUUUUUAACAAAAAUAGGUAAGAAAACAUCCACUCACAUCUACCUAGCGCAUCUCGUGACGGCAAACUUACUGGUGUGCAGCACCAUGCCCUUCAUGGGCAUCUACUUCCUGAAAGGGUUUCAAUGGGAGUAUCGAUCGACACAGUGCAGGGUGGUCAAUUUUUUGGGAACCCUCUCCAUGCACGUCAGUAUGUUUGUCAGCCUCUUGAUUUUGAGUUGGAUCGCCAUCAGUCGCUAUGCUACGUUGAUGAAAAAGGAUUCCACGCAAGAGACCACUUCGUGCUACGAGAAAAUCUUUUAUGGCCAUCUGCUGAAAAAAUUCCGCCAGCCCAACUUUGCGAAGAAACUCUGCGUGUACAUCUGGGGAGUUGUACUCGGCGUCAUUAUUCCCGUGAUCAUAUACUACUCAGUGGUGGAGGCCACGGAGGGAGAGGAGACCCUGUGCUACAACCAGAAGAUGGAACUGGGAGCCAUGAUCUCUCAGGUGGCGGGCCUCAUCGGGACCACAUUUAUCGGAUUUUCGUGUUUAGUCGUCCUGACAUCGUACUACUCUUUUGUCAGCCAUCUGAGAAAGAUAAGGACCUGUACAUCCAUCACGGAGAAGCAUCUCACGUACAGUUCCGUGAGGAGGCAUCUUUUGGUCAUCCAGAUUCUACUGAUAGUUUGCUUCCUCCCCUAUAGCAUUUUUAAGCCCAUUUUCUUUGUUCUCCACCAAAGAGUGAGCUGCGAGCAGCUGAACUAUUUGAUAGAAAUAAAAAACAUCCUCACCUGCCUUGCAUCAGCCAGAAGCAGCACAGACCCCAUUAUAUUUCUCUUUUUAGAUAAGACAUUCAAGAAGACACUAUAUAAUCUCUUCACAAAGUCUGAUUCGACACCUACCCAACCCUACGGUUGA